CUGGAUCUUAUGUCUAAUAUUAAACGGGCCGAGCCGUCCAUUGUAAAGACGAGAUCAGGAAGUGUGCUGUCGAGAGGAUUCAUCCUGAAGACGGAUUACUAUCCCUCAGGUCGUGCCUUGGACCUCGACCUUAACGUCCAUGGCGCCCCCAACUUCAGAGCACCACGCCAUGCUAGUCUGAAUGUCUUCGGUGUUGCACAACCUCGUACUCAAGGUCUUCGAGCUAUCUUGUCCAUCCUCAGGUGUAGACCUGGCACCCCAAACCCUGCCCACGUUGUCUGGUUCUCGACCAGAGAGGAGCCUAUAGUUUACAUAUCCGGCCGUCCAUUCGUGCUGCGUGACGCGUCUGAGCCAAGGCGCAUUCUUGCUCUAUCUGAUCGGGCUGAAAACCUCGAGGCGAUUGAGGAGCGGUUACGUAAUGACAUCUUAGCGGAGGCCAGCAAAUACGGAGGGCUUAUCCUGACUCACAAUGAGCUUGCGAACGACGCUGGCGACGGUGCAAUUAUUCCCACUUGGACUCACGUUGACGACAGGAACGUUCGUACCUCCCGUGAACUAUGGGAAACCAUGCGCCAAGAAGGUUGGAGUGUGGAGUAUCAUCGAAUUCCCAUAUCUCCCGAUCGACCCAUUGAAGAUAACUAUCUGGAUGCCUACUUACGUGUUAUCAAGGAGAAAUCACCUGCUGAGACAUCUCUGGUUUUCUCAUGUGGGAUGGGUGCUGUUCGUACAACGUUUGCUAUGGUAGCGGCAAUGAUCGUCCGCCGCCGUAUGGUAAUUGCCUCGGGCGGGCCUGACCCUUUACCAGGUGGAAUUAUGGGCAUGAAUCCAACACCUCGAUUAGCCGGUGGUGGUGGGUCUGGAGUCAGCACCCCUACCACUCAACCUCCAGCCGAUACCAAACUCGCACAAGCCCUGGAAUCCGCGACAGCACAACAAGACGCGCACAAGUCUAUCCUACGCCUGACUUACGUUCUACAGCAGCACGUUCAUACACAUUCGCCACUCACACUACUAAUGGCUCAGCCUGCUCUUCUUGAAAACCUUCGACGAGCCCACCAAGGAAAUUAUGGGAUAAUCCUCAGUCUUCUUGGUUGCCUCGACCAAGGCGUGCACGCUAAGCGGCUCGUCGAUCGCGUGAUUGAUUCCUGUGAUCACGUCAGGAAUCUUCGAGAAGACAUUCUCAUCCACCGUGUCCGUUACUCGUUGACUGCCGGAAGCGAAGGUCGCGAGGAAUUUUUGGCGAAAGCAAGUAAAUCAUUGGAGAAAUACUUCUUUAUCAUCGCGUUCGCGAGCUAUGUCGAAUCGGGUGACUUCUUUGACACGACGUUUGGGCAGUGGCUGAAGGCAAGAAGCGAAAUAUGGAACCAAGUUUUAUUCCUCCGGAAGUCAUAUGGCACCCGGCUCAAUGUCUUUGCACCUGUCAAUGACCUAUCACAACUUAGCUUGUCGGAGACUGAAGGGCGGUCACGCGUAGCUGGGCAGAAGAAUGACGUCGAAAUAGCCGGUGGACAGCUUCUGGGUGAUGAAUAUAGUGAUUACGUUGUGAAGAAUCGCAAUGGCAUCAUUCUCAGAGAGGGCACCCUGCUCAAGUCCGACCAGUGGUUAUCUGAAUCUCAUGUGGCAGACUCUGUCCGCGGUGCAAUCAACUUCCGGAAUAUCCCCAACAGCAACGUCUACGCCCUCGGACAACCAUCGUUGUCUGCUGUCGAUGACGUGCUCGCGAAAGUUAAGGUAGAACAUCCCAACGUAACACGCAUCGUCUGGAUUACACUUCGAGAAGAACCGGUGGUGUAUAUUAACGGUGCUCCUUAUUGUCUGCGGAGGGAGCGCUUUUCGUUGCGUAACAUGAAAGAUUAUGAUGGAAUAUCUGCGGCCCGUCUGGAGAUACUAGAAGAGCGCCUGAGAGACGAUGUCAUUGCCGAGCUGAAUGCCUUUGAGGGCAGGCUCCUCUUGCACAACGAGACUUCAGAUGGAUCUGUCAUUCCUAUCUGGGAAGAGGCGGAGGCCUCGAACGUCAUGGUGAUGAAGGAUGUCAUGACCAAAGGUUAUGCCGCGCCGGAUACGUCCAACUCUCCAGUCGAACUUCAUUAUCAUCGUAUACCCAUCACGGCCGAGCGAGCGCCGGACUUCUCUGACAUUCGUGAACUCAUGGACGUCAUGGUGCGGGCGGAUUCUUCCAACACUGCGAUCGUAGUGAACUGUCAACUGGGCCGUGGUAGAAGCACCAUGACUUCUAUUGUCAUCAUGUUGAUUCAGCGGUGGAUUGGAGAGAGCAGGGCAAUAAGCCAAGCGUCACCUCGAAUGCAACGGAGCCAUUCCAUGGCUUCUUUGCCGCCUCUCGACGGACCUGCGAAUGAAACGGUUUAUCAGAGGCACUCUUACCAGAUAAUCAAUAACUUGCUUCGGGUUAUCAGGAGGGGUCCCGCCGUUAAGAAUACCGUUGAUGAGACCAUUGACCGCUGUGCAACUGUUGUCAACCUGCGCGACGUAAUUGAAGAGGAACGAAUGAAGGCGGAGGAGGCUCCGGAGGGGCGGACCAGGCGUAUACAUACUUCUCGGGCCAUUGCGUACCUUCGACGGUACUUUGAGCUCAUCGCUUUCCAGGCAUACCUGCAGUCCACUGAGCCUGACACACUCGAAUCUUUUGAAACGUUCGAGAAGUUCGUUGAGGAUCGACCAGUUAUCAGGACGUUUGAGAGGGAGCUUGUCGCCGAUGGCGUCAAUGCUCUGAAGCCUCUCGAGCGUGCUGACGUCGAGGACGGCGUGGCUCAUCCUGACGAUGUGAAACGAGUCGUCAUGAACCGAUCGGGCAGCAUUCUGUCAGCUUCGACAAUUCUAAAGAGCGACUUCUUCUCAAAUUUGCAGAAGAUGACACUUCCUGAGCGCAUAGAAGGCUCGCCUAACUUCCGCCGUCUUCCUCUUACAUUGCGCCUCGUGCGUUCCGGUAGUAAUUCACCUACACAGUCCGGCAACAUCAACUCAGAAACAUUGGACGAUGGUAAGAUGGUGUGCGGGAGCGGAAUGCCAACUGUUCAAGGGUUGCGAAGAGCUCUGGCUCGUGUUGAUGCGGGACCCCAAGGUUCAAAUUUUGUUUAUUGGACCUCUCUUCGGGAGGAACCGGUCAUUUAUGUCGCCGGAAGACCACAUGUUCUCCGUCUGGUCGAUAAACCCCUUGAGAACGUCGAGGCUACCGGCGUCACGACCAAUGUCGUAGAGAAUAUGGAGGAACACUUCAAAGCGGACGUCCUACGCGAAGUGCAUUUGGGCAAUGGCAGGAUACUGUUACACGAUGAAGUCGAGGAGCGUCCAGGUGUCUUCAGCAUCGUACCGCUUUGGGAGACAGUUUCUGAAGACGAUAUCAUGACACCGAGAGAUGUCUUCAGUUUGAUGUCGAAAGAAGGGUACAAGAUCAACUACGACCGUGUGGCCAUUACAGACGAGCAGGCACCGUUGCCAAACGCUCUUUCCCAGCUUCUCGAUCGCGUUCGCGAUGGAUACCCCCAAGCCGGCGAUUUCAUCUUCAACUGCCAGAUGGGACGGGGCCGCACCACCACAGUAAUGAUUACGGCUUGUCUGAUAUCCACAAUCACAAACUGGAAAGAAGAUACAGGACUACAACCACAGGAGGAUGCCAUCGCUGACGAUUACGAUGCGAUUGACGGGCCCUCAGAAGAGGAUGCAUAUCUACAAGGAGAAUAUAAGACAAUCUUGCAACUUGUCAGCGUGUUGUCACAUGGAAGGACCGCUAAAAGGUUGACAGAUAGGGCCGUUGACAUCAUGCAAGAUGUACAAAAUCUUCGGAAAGCCAUCUACGACUACAAGCUCAAAGCCGAGGCUUGUGAGAAAGGCAGCGCCAAACAUCGCAAGCUGAUGGGUGUUACAGUAAACUACUUGUAUCGUUACGGCACACUCAUUGUCUUCGCCAACUACCUGAUUGAGAUGCGAGAAUGCCAAGAAGAGAUAUCGUUCCCAGACUGGCUCCGGGAGCACCGCGAGAUCACGAAGUUGCUGGGACGGAGUUCUUUGGACUAGGCUGACGCGAGAAAUUACUAGUACAAAGCCUUUACAGCCAACGAUAUUAUCUUGUUCCUCGA